AGAGAAAAAUUAGGAGAGGAGGAGAAGUGAAGGAAGCCAAAAAUAGUAAUAAACACACAACACAAGUGUGUAAUGAAUAAUGAUUGAUUGAGGUUGGCUUGGAGAAGAAUUGGAGUGGGAUGGGACCCAUCCCACCGGAAUCAAAACAAAAAAUAAAGUAAAGACUCGAAUCCAAAAGAGAGAGAAGCUAAGUGUGGUGUUCUAUUCCCCCACCGCCUCCUCCGCCUCCGAUCUCUAUUAUCCAAAUUCUGAAACUUGGUUGCCUCUCUAUUAUCCAAAUUAAUAUCCCUUUCUUUCUACUUUAUUAUUAUUAUUAUUAUUAUAUUGUGUUAUUUCCUGAUUACAACACUCUACUCCAAACAAUUAUUAUAAUAAAUGUGUAUGUAAAUAUUCUAUAUAUUAAAUAAUAAAUUGAUAAACGAAGAAGAAGAAGAAGACGACGACGAAUAAAAGAAAGGAAAGGGAAGGAAAGGAGAGGAGAGGAGAGGAGCUUUGAUUGCCUCACCCAUCCACACUCAGACUCAGAACUCACUCUCUUCACACCCACAAAAUCAAUUCAACAACACCAACAGAUUAUACUAUUUUCCCACCACAUGUCUCUUCUCUGAUUCUCACCACCCACACCCCCUUUUUCUUAAUUUAGGGUUUCACUUUGGGGGAUUUGCAUCUCAAACUCAACUCUUCCACUUUCCCCCUACCCUAUUCAUUCCUUUGAGCAGAGACAAAUAAUCCAGUCCAGGGCAAAAAGGGUUGAAGUUUUUUGAAUUGAAUUGGAUGGAAAAGGAUAUGGUAUCCGCUUUGCCAAAAGAGGAGGAGGAGGUUAAGGGGGUUGGCGGUGGUCUGAUAGAAAGGGAGACCGAGGAAGAUGAUACUGUAAAGAGUCAAGGAGUCAAAGAGUCCAGACUAAACAGUGGUUCCGGUUGCAAUUGUAAUGCUACGAAACUGAAAUCUACUAGUGUGGCUGUCAGAGAGAGAGACUAUUUUCAAUCAGGGCAUCCAAAAAAGAAGCUCACUCGCCAAGAAAGGGUUGAGUUGGGCCGCUUGUUUCAGGGUGCAGUCAGUUCUUACGAUUGGGACCUCGCUCAGAGCUUGAUCUCACUCGCUGAUCCACAAGCUCUUAAUGAUGCUUUGUGCAUUACAUUGGAUUCCAUCUGGUUCUUGACCACACAGCAAGAGCUCGAUGGUGUAACAACUUUAAUUCACAACAUCAUCGCUAAUGGUGCUUAUGAUUUCACAAGAGCUGCUCUUCGAACUUCGUUUCUUGCCUCCUGUGUCUCUGCCUGCCACAGCCGAACAAUGACUCCAGCUGCCACAGUCACUAUAAUGGCGCAGAGGUUGCAUGAGCGUCUGCAUGAAUGCAAUGGAGAUGAAAUCUUGAAGGCGGAAGCCGGUGCUAAGUUUCAGAAGUUUACUGAAUGGGCACUAAAAUGUAUUGAUUGCCACUCCCGUUGUCGGGAGAAUAAUACGGAUAGAGUUGGGCACAGCUCAGCUGUUGAGAUACAACUCCAGUUAAGUGCUUUCAAGACCUUCCUAGAUCUUGCUGGAAAUCAACUUAUAGGGAAAGACUUCACCGAGGCCUUUGAUGCUGCAUGUUUCCCUCUAACUCUAUUCUCUAGCUCAUUUGAUCCUAGCUGGGCAUCUGGCAUCUCUGCAACAGCCAUCCAUGGUUUGCUGGGUAUGUUAGUAGAAGGAGGUGCAGACAACGUCAGUCAGUGUUUCCUUGAAGCUUCUCGCUUUGGGAGUACGGAGCUCGUGCGGAUUUUAUUGCAGAUUGCUCAAAGAAACAGCUUGGAUAUUGAUGUUGACCUAGCAUUGGGUUUUGCUUCUCACUACUGCAAGAUUGGCACCAUGGAGUGUCUCGUGGAAGAGGGUAAUGCCAUUGCUUUCUUGGGCCCUUUGAUGAGAGCGGCGGAGAGGGGUUGUAUGCAGGUAGUUGAGUGGUUUAUGAAAAGGGGUUGUCGAGACAUGGAGCUAUGUCUUGCCCUGACAGCUGCAACCUCUAGUAGCCAAGUUGAUGUUGCUGCAUUUCUUCUUCCGCAUGUUCCUCAACAUGUCCUUGAAGCCCUGAGUACUGAAAUUCUCAAGGCUGCUGGGGAACGAAGUGGUGGCUCGCUGGAUGGUGUGGCAUUUCUCCUCCGCUCUGACUUCUUAGGUGAUCCCACAGCCACUUAUGCUGUUGCUGAUGCCAUUGCUAGGUCAGACGAUGAAGCUGUUGCUCCCGAGUUAAAGUUUUUUCUGCGGGAGCACUGGUCUGAGGCAGCCUUCGUGGAUGGAUUGAGGCUAGGACAAGAACACUACAUGAACAUUGUGAGGAUUUUGAAGUGGAGUGGGUGUCCUAUUUGCUUAAGAGACCUUCCACCCCCGCUUAGGGUCACGAUUGCUUACCUGCCACUGUACAGGGAGUGUGUUGAGGCAGGUGGCUGUUUGUUAUCACAAAGGUUAAGAGGGCAGCUUGUUGAAGCUGUGAGAAGACUCGAUGGAAGGGUCUUAAAAGAGGUGGGCCAGGGAAGAGAGCUCGUGGCUGCUUUAGAGCAUCAUCUUCCUCCAUUUUUGCUUCAUUCAUCCUUUCAGAGUUGCUUAUUAGCAAGAAAUUUAGCUUGAGGUGUUUUGGAUUUUUGCGGUUACCCACUGAUAGUAUAUGUAAGAAGAGAGAAUAAAGUUAUAGGGUGGGUUCCGGUGGUGGCAAAAGCUUAAGUUUGUCAGUUUUCUUCACCAAUGUUUUACAUACUGCACCUUUUAUAUAUCAUAUAUAUAUAUAUAUAUAUAUAUCAUAACAUGGAUGUGCUUGUAGGAGUUGAGUUGAAACAUGAUGUCAUGACAAUGAUGAUGUUGAUGGUGGAUUUGUAUAUCGUUCUUCUUCUUCUUAUUUUAAUCUUUUCUCAA